CGGCUAUGAUGCCGGAACUGAUCUGGGAGCGUACCGUUCCGGCUUUCCAUAGUACAUCUGUGAUAAACAAUUGUUCUUAUCUCACAGCACCACCUUUUACAGCUUGACCGAAACCUCUCGAAAUCUCUCGAAAUCUCACCGUCGGUAAAUUGCUAUGGCUUCUUCCAAAAAGCCUGCGGAGGCCAUGAGUGUCACGAAGGACUACAAGUACACCCAGGAAAUUUCCCAAAUGAUGUUCGUAUUCGGAGAAGUACAAGAUCCUCUCUCUGAGACUGUGAAUCUCGUCGAAGAUAUUGUACGAAGUCAGCUUGUCGAGUUGAUUAUUCAGGCCAGAGGUUUAGCAAUCCGCCGCGGGGCACGAUACCUCUCCGCUGAAGACCUCAUAUUCCUCAUACGCCAUGAUAGAGGCAAGGUCAACCGUCUCCGCACCUAUCUUUCGUGGAAAGACGUGAGAAAGCACGCAAAGGACUCUGAUAAUGCAGCCGGUGGAGGUGGAGUAGAAGAAGCUAUUGAGGAUGGUGCUGAUGAUAAGCUAGCAGCGAAAGCGCAAAAGAUAACAAUCAAGCUACCUUGGGAAAUCACUACGCUUUAUUCUGAAGUUUUAAGGCAGAGUGGACGUGAGGAUGAGGAUGAAGAGGACGAAGAUGAUAUCGAAGCUCACGAGGCUUCAAUCCAGCGUUUGAAGGAAGCGGACGAUGCUACUCGACAGAUGACCAGAGAAGAGUACCAACAUUAUGCAGAUUGUCGGCAGGCUACGUUUACAUAUCGCAAAGCCAAACGUUUCCGUGAAUUCCUUAAUCUCCCUUCGCAUCUCGAUCUUCGCUCAAACGAUGACACUGUUGACAUUGUCGGUUUCCUCGCUUUCGAGAUGGUUCGUUCCCUGACUCUUGCCGGGCUCACGGUGAAAAAGUCCUUGGAAGAAGCCUAUCACAGAGACGAUUAUUCCUCCCCUGUGCUCGGAAAGCGCAAAGCCAAUGGUGUUGGAGGGUCAGCGGAAAAGAGACGUCGUGAGGAUUCGCCAGAUAGGGAUGAGUAUACACUGCCAGUGAACUCUCUGUUUCUUCCGCCACCUGAAGCGCGGACAGCACUAGGGCCUGAGCAUAUCCAGGAUGCAUUUUCGAGGAUGCAAGGUGAUUGGUCUCAUCGACGGUCUGCAGGAAUGCAUAAUUGGCGAGGAGGACUUGUUCGGACGAGAGUCUCAUUGAUCUAGGUUCAACGUUCAGUUUCCUAUGAUGUAUACCAUGUCAUGUAUGCUUAGAGUGUAUAUAUAGUAUGUGUCUUUGUAUUUUUCUGGUAUCUGCAAAUAUCAAUAAGUCAACAAGUAACUUU